AUGGCUGUUAGUCUACUUAAAAACGAGUGUGGUUAUGAAAUUGUAUAUUUAGGUACAAUAUUUUUAGAUUAUUUAGCAUUUAUUUGAAACUCUGUAAAAGAAGAGGCUGCUCUCUCUUCUACAGUUAUAUAGCAUUGUUCAACCACAAAGUACAAUUCUCUAUCAACACCAACAAUCUUAUGUAUCCAGAAGCCAUGUUUAACCCUCUAUUGCAUGAAUUUUUAUGACCAGUUGAAAAAAACAUACAUGGCUGUUAGUUUACUUAAAAACGAGUGUGGUCAUGAAAUAAAUAAUAAAAUUUUAUUAGAAAAUGUUAUGUAUCGGAUUUUAUGACCUGUUGGCAAACAACUACCAAUAAAUUGUCUACUUAAUUUACUAUAGAACGUUUGAAAUUCAAGUCCCCAAUUGGGAACGGAAUGCAAUAGAGGGAGAAUAAUAAUUAAUUUUCUUUCGUGAAAGUAAUCAAACGGUUAGAGAAAUCUUUUGUUAAUACAAUAUACGUGUUACACGAAACGUGUCGACGUUAUUUAAGAGUUAACACUGUGUGUCUGUAGUAAGUAUCCAGAUACUUUAGUGAGUUAGUUACCAGUAUGCUAAUCUUACUAAUUUACAAUCAAUUUACGUUUCGACGAAGUUCAAGCGAACGAUACAAUGCUUGCUGUUCCUGUGUAGAACGCUUUUCACGACCGCGAGAAUAGAGAAAGCUCCUUAAGUUUUGGACAGUGUUAAACCGCGGUCGCGGUGUUGCGUUUACGUUUUUCAUAACGAAAAUAGUUGAGGAUGGCGAUGAUGAUCCGGCGAUCGUACCUAAAGCCCAAGACUCUCUAACACGCUCGUAUGUGUGUGUUCUCUUGCAUAUUACUACGUUCUCCUAAUCGUCACGAUUCUCGUCAUCUGAAUGUUCUUUCACCGUUAUAUAUAUAUAUAUAUAUAUAUCGCACGUCGCACAUGAGAAACACGUAUUUCAUUCCCGGUUCACGGGAAACCAUCAUAAGGAAAUCAUGUAUAUAUUCGUCACGAUAGGGAUGACACACGUUUUUAACGAGACACAAUUGUGGAAGUCUAUAUUGUCUUUGUUUUUUUUUUUUUUUUUUUUCUACGUGAAAUAUUACUCUGUCGAUCUCGGUUAAUGAGAAAUCGCAAACGAAACAGUCCGAGCUUUUUAAAAAUAUUCCAUUCAUUUCAUUCUGAACUCUUUUUCUCGUUUCAUCGCAUUGCCGAAAUUCAAAGAUCGGAUUUUCAAACACACAAGUUCGAGAAAUUCUGUUUCUUUUUUUUUUUUUUUCUUGCAUCGAAGAAUAAUAUUGCCGUAGCCACGAGCGUAAGGAAGUAAAUAAUAAAUGAAAUUUUCGUUUGUCUUUGCACUCUUCUGCAGCGUCUCGUCCCCCACCGGUGAUGCAUCGCGAGAUCUCUCGGCUUCGGCAGAGAGAUCUAACUCCGAUCGCUGGGUGCGUCUUAAAUAGAAACGAUUUAAAAUAACUGUCCGUCGGUCCCGUGGGGCUUAUCCACACGGGUGAACGAAAGGACGAGGAAACGACGGAGAAGCCAAGUUCAGUAUCCGUUGCUCUUCGAUUCGCGUCAUUGUCGAUCUGCUCCUCGAAUUUUCAACCUGUCGAUCCUCAGGUGGAAUUCACCUAGGGGCGAAAGUUUCUACAAAGACACACGUUUCGUUGAACUUUGUUAUUGGCGAGCGGCGGUGUUGUUCGUCGGUACAUAAAAAAACCGAGUGUUUAAUUGGCGAUGUUUCUGUUGUCCAAGGUGUUACGAUACAGGGCGGGCCCAUGAUCAGAACCACAGACGUUGCAGCCAUGUCGGCGACCUAUGCCAAGCGAAGAAAGAAAAAAAAGAGAAGGAAGCAGAGAAGACUUGCUACGGGUAAUACGGAGGACGAGGAGGAAGGAGAAUACAGCUCCGAGUGUGAUACCGGUCUACCGUCUUCCCGACUGUCUUGGACAGCGUGUUCAACCACUUCGACCACGACCACGACCACGACCACGACAACGACAACGAUCAGCAAUCGGCCGCUGAACCCCGAGUGUCAGGAGUUCCAGCUGCGACAAGUCGUUAAAUCUCAUACCUCUCUAUCGGCUAUUCCAACCUCCACCGAUAGCACGCUUACGUCCGAAACGAGCUCGACGACCACCGACAACAAGGGCAACGAGGUAUGCAACGGUGUCGACGGUUCCGACGACUGGAAGGACCAAGACGACCAACCGACUGACAACAGCAAGUCCGAUCAACAAUUGGAAUCGACGUCCACCUUAAUAGAGAACAGUCAAUCGAAAUCGCUGGAGGUGGCCAGCAAUUCGGAUAACGAAUCGAAUAGACUGAUAAACUGCCUCCCCGAGGACAAGGAGACAGCUCUCUCGACGAACGAGGUCGCGAGCCAGGCGACCGAACCGGUCGAGAAACUGCCAAGCAUUCACAAAGCAGUGAAUAACGAUUCAUCGAGUGCCAAUGAGCUACGCGAACGACCGAACAACAAGAACGAGAUGAACGAAGAGAUCUUGGCCAACAGGAAGCUGGACUCCGAUUCGAGCAACAAGGAGGCGUCGACACCGUCAACGACGCCGAGGCCGUCGUCUCCGGUGUCCAACAACGAAACGACGGAGAACGUAGCGAUUCGCGAGGACCAGAAUCACGAGUCAUCUUCGUCGAACAGCAAGUCAUCGUCGUCGACUAGUCUGUCCAAGAGGAAGUACACCGCGAAAGGUACAAAGUUCGUGAGAGAGCCGACACCCGGUCCGGACUUGAACAGUUCGACGGAGCCAGAGAGCGAGACGAAGUCACACGAUCCGACCCAGAGUUUGGAAAAGAUGGAUCUGUCGAACGACGCGCAGACGAUAGACUCGAAGUUCGAUGUUCGAUGCGACGAUGACAAAGUGACAGAGGAUGAUCAGGUACCGAGUAAAUUCGGAACGAAGGCAGCAGCAGCAGCAACGUGCAAUCGCCUGAGCAAAGAGGUGAUCGAGGCGACGAACGAAGAUUCUGGAUUUGAAAGUCAGACGCAGCUGUCUGACUAUCCGAUCACGGAAGCGGUGACGGAGUGGCUACGCAGGGAGAAGUCGCCAGAUUUGUUCAUCACGUCGGCCAUCUCGAUGGACUGCGAGGAGGACGAGGACGAUAUGGACGAAGAGCCGCCAAAAAACUUGCAAGGCAACCCCAUGCCUGCACUAUCUGUUAAUAGCGGUGCGGACAAUGCGACAUUGUCGCGCGCGGCUAACUGCGGGGAAUUCGCAGGGAUCAGCAACAUCAAGGACGCGAAGAGAAGGUCGGAGGAACGGAGACGAGUAGCCAGGCACGUGGUGGAUGACAGGGUGGACCACGAGGUGGUGUCCUCGUCAGAUUCUUGCGGCCAACAGGAGAAUUUGGUGAACAUCGCGAGGAGGAAGAAUCUGGCUAAGCAACAGCAGCAAGAUGUUGUUGGUGACAUUUGCGAAUUUACUGAGAAGGAUAGCAUUGCGGGUAUGAGGGUUGCUUUAAGCUCUCGGAUGGACUCGAAGAGAGUCAAUGCAAGGCGAACGAAAAGACAAGGGAAAUCGCAUUCGCGGAAUCCCUCGAGUAAUAUCGACGCGAGGAUUCGACGUAUAGAGGACGUGGAUGACGAGAAUGACGAAGGGAUCAUCGUCGAGGACACGGCGAUGAACGUGAAAACGUUCGAGAAAGGUGAGAUCGUAGUCUCCGAGGAUGGGAAGUUGUUAACGUCUUCCACGUACGAGCCGUGCCUGCGAAAUUGUCACGACGCUCCGAUGACGAUCAAAGCCCUUAACAAGAGUGAAACGGUGAAGCAGUCGACGGAGAGGAAAACGGAGGAUGAACGGAAGAGGAGCAGCAGCAUCGAGGACGAGGAAAGUGGUGGUAGCGUGAUAGGUUCCUUGGACAGCAUAGAAGAGCCUGACGUGUUAGAAUGCUGGGAAGCUGAAAUCAUCGAGCCUCUGGUAACUCCAAAGAGAAUGUUACAAAGUGAGGGAAUACUAUGCGACGGAGAGGCUGCGGAGGACGAUACCAUCGAAGUCGAACAGGUUAACGUCGACUAUGUGCAGAAGUACUAUCGAUUGGCACGCGAGAGCGCUACUAGUAUCGAGGAGAUCAGUUUAAAGACAGAUGCACCAACGUCGUCGAAAUCAGUGCCAAAUAUGUCUGAACAGAAGGAUGAGAUCCCACCGCGGAAGAGGGAGCUCGCUGGAGACAAAACUAGCGUCCCUAUCGACGAAGCUUUCGAAGUGUACGAAAGCUGUUACACCGGGAACUCUCCGUUUCUAGCGAUCGAUUCGAAAGUUUUCAAAUCACGAACGUUGUACGGUCAGGAAGGCGAGACCCCAAUACCAUGCAAGGCGGUUUGUUGCCAGAUUCAAUGA